AUGCAUGAAGGCAGGGUUGAGCGCCGUGCAAGCUCCCGCUACCUGGUCAAACUCACAAAUCGCAAUAACGAAGAGGCCCUCGUUGAUGACGAACACCUUGUCCGUGACAGGAAAGUAUUCACUAAACAGAUGUUGCGUUCCUUUAUCAAGAAUACAGUCACACGAGAGUCAUGGAGCGGUGCCCCCUGGUUAGUCAAGCCUCAAAUUGCCGAACAUUUCCAUAUCGACACCGAAGUCCCCAAACACCUGCAGUAUGGCAACAAAGCUGGCAAAAAGGCCAAUGUAUCCGCAGAAAAGGAAGAAGAUGAGGCCAUGUUUGGCUUUUUCGCUUCUCAGAGUCGGCCGAUAAAUUCAAGAAAUAAGGGCCAAAAGGCAAAGUCAGCCCACGAACUCGCCAAGGCUAAGGAAGAACAGUACUUAGCAUAUCGACGAGCACUUAACGGCAACCCAUCUUUCAGGGUAGACAAGAAGGGCGUCAACAAAGAUGUUAUCCCCCCUCCUGACCCCCACGAGAACUCUUUCAAUGACCUCUCAAUUGUCAUCAAACAGAAAUCUCCCAGCCCAUUACCGCCACCAAUUAAAUACCCCAUUGAGGAUUUAGACUUACCACCCACAAGUGACCGUCCGCCUCGGCCAGCUUUGAAAUUUUUGAGUGAAGAUGAGGCCCGUGAGGAGGGAUCCGGCAUAAAGAUGAGUUCUAUUGGAGCUCUACUCGAAACCUGGAACACUUUGAAUGUCUAUUGUGAAGUUUUCCAGUUGGACUCCUUUACCUUUGAUGAUUUCGUGGAGGCAAUUCAAUUUUCCUCAGAUGACAUGGAUUGUGAGCUACUAGUAGAGAUUCAUUGCGCCGUGUUGAAGACGCUGGUCAAUGCUGAAUCAGAUCAAGAUGGAGCUGUUCAAAUCUCUCUUCCAGCCCUACCAGAAGAAGAAUCCGAAGCGGAGGAAGAGGAAAGCGAGCCCGAACCUGAGCCGGAGCCGGAACCCCCAAGACGAACUACUAGAAGCAGCUUUGCAAAGGCGCAAGCGGAACUUGCUGAAAUGGAACAGCAGAAACCUCCUGAAACAGAAGCUGCGGAAGUCAAAAAGCAUUGUGCGGCUGAUAUGUUUUUGGAAUACGACUGGAUCGAUCGCUUGCGAAAACGAGACUUCAAAAAUGGCGGCUGGGAAAUGAUCCUUGUUGGUUUGCUAAACCGGUUAUCCUUAAAACCCAGGCUUAAGGAGGCUUGCGAGGAGAUAUUGGUUCAUAUGGCACCUUUGGAUGCAGAUCCAACUCAAGAAACAGCCCGAAUUCAAUAUUCGACUUUGGAUGUCAACCUCCGCAUUCAGAUCCUGCAGAUAAUUUGUAUGCUGACUGUUGAAACAAGAGCGGUGAAAAAUUAUAUGGAGGAAUGCAGUAACCAGAUGACCGAAUUCCGCAAGGAAAAAAUCGAACUUCAACGAGCUCGAAAAGUUGUCCUUGAAGAAAUUAGACUUCUCCAUGAAGAGCGAAAGCAGCUUGAGCCUGAGCAGCGGGAUACUCCAACUCAGCAGGAUGAGGAGAUGCUGGACGCCCAGAUUGACGCUACGGACGACACUGAAAGCGCUGCGACAGAUUCAGAUGAACCGGCUGGUCCCUCUCUGAGAGGAGGAGUUGACAGAACCAUGGAACGUAAGCGGAAACAGGAAGCUGAAAAAGAAAGAAAAGAACAGGCUACCAAGCAACCGAAAGGCUCAAAGCAGUACCAGAGAGUCCUAAAGAAAAUGGAGGAUGAAAAGAGCAAGGUUGCUUCCAUUGAAAGUGAGAUUGCAGUUCUAGAUAACGACCUGAGAGAAGCAGAUUGCCCGCGGACCAGAGUCUUGGGCAAAGACCGCUUCUGGAAUCGCUAUUAUUGGUUUGAGAGGAAUGGGAUGCCCUACGAGGGCUUGCCUGAUAGCUCUACUGCCUCAGCAAACUAUGCCAAUGGUCGUCUCUGGGUACAAGGUCCCGACGAAAUGGAGCGGGAAGGCUUUAUCGAUGUUCCCGAACAAGUGAGCCAAGAAUACAAGCAGCGUUUCGGAACAACCGUUGCGAAACGGAAACAGGCUGAAGAAGGGUCUUCCGGUGUUUCUUCUGCUCAAGAAUGGGGUUACUAUGAUACCCCCGAAGACCUGGAUAAACUGAUGGAAUGGCUCGAUACCCGCGGUGUGAGGGAGCUCAAACUUCACAAGGAAUUAAAGCUUCAGCGCAACCAUAUUGCGAAAUAUAUGGAAAACCGAACGGCUUACCUCGCGGAGAAAAAUGCCCCUGCAGAAGAGUCAAGUGAUCAACCAGCCAUGCGCAUGUCAACACGAACCAAGGGGCAGGCCACCGACCAGAAACGUGGAUGUCUUAAAUGGCGAAAUCUGACAGCUUUGAAGGAAAUUGGUCAUUUGCAUGUUGAAUCAGCGCGGCCGACGAAACGCGCUAAGAAAGCUGCCGCUACCGAAUCCGCAAAGGAAACCAGAAUGACUAAUCGCCAGGGCAGGCCUCUUGGUCGACAGGGAACGAGAUAA